GAGACGGUCCAGUCGUUCAGAGUGACCAAUGAGGAGCUGAGAGACACGGCUAACUCUACUGAUUUACAGGACUGUAACACACUCUGUCACGUGAGAUACAACACUUUUCAUUUACAAACAUAAAUCACAAAGCUAGCAGCAACUUUCAAUAAUGCCUUAAAAAGGGCUAAAAGGUUUGAGGAAACAUUUAAAGAGGACUAGUAUUAUACACAUUAUAAACCUCCCCUACCUGUCCUCUCUCCUACCUCUCCUCUCUCCUACCUCUCCUCCACCUCUCCUCUCUCCUACCUGUCCUCUACCUCUCCUCUACCUCUCUCCUUCCUGUCCUCUCUCCUACCUGUCCUCCACCUCUCUCCUACCUGUCCUCUCUCCUACCUCUCCCCUACCUCUCCUCUCUCCUACCUCUCCUCUCUCCUACCUCUCCUCUCCCCUACCUGUCCUCCACCUCUCCUCUCCCCUACCUCUCCUCUCCCCUACCUCUCCUCUCUCCUACCUCUCCUCUCUCCUACCUCUCCUCUCCCCUACCUGUCCUCUCUCCUACCUCUCCUCUCUCCUACCCUCUCCUCUCCCCUACCCUCCUCCUCUCCUACCCCUCUCCUCUCCUCACCUCUCCUCUUCCCCUACCUCUCCCUCUCCUACCUGUCCUCCACCUCUCCUCUCCCCUACCCUCUCCUCUCUCCUACCUUCCUCUCCCCUACCCUCCUCCUCUCCUACCCCCCUCCUCUCCCCUUUCCGUCCUCCCCCUCCCUCUCCCCACCUCUCCUCUCCCUCCUACCUCUCCUCUCUCCUACCUCUCCCUCUCCCCUACCUGUCCCCCUCCCUACCUCUCCUCUCUCCUACCUCUCCCCUCUCCCCUCCCCCUCCCCAUACUCCUCUCCCCUACCUCUCCUCUCCUACCUCUCCUCUCCCUCCUUCUCUCCACCUCUCCUCUCCCCUACCUCUCCCGUCUCUCUACUCUCUCCCUACCUCUCCCUCUUCUCCUCUCCUACCUCUCCUCUCCCCUACCUCUCCUCUCCCUCCUCUCCCUCUCCUGACUCUCCUCUCCCUACCCUCCUCUCCCUCCCCUCUCCUCUCCCCCUCACCUCUCUCCCUCCUCUCCUCCUCUCCCUCCGCGCCUCUCCAUCUCCUCCUCCCUACGGUCUCCUCCUCCCUACCUCUCUCUCCCUCCUCUCCUCUCUCCCCUCUCCUCUCUCUACCUCUCCUCUCCCUCUCUCCUCUCACCUCUCCAUCUCCUUCUUUCCUCUCCUCGCCCCUCCUACCUCUCCUCCUCCCUCCUCUCCUCCUCGCCCUCUCCACCUCUCCUCCUCCGACCUCUCUCUCUCUCCCUCUCCCUCCCUCCCUAUCCUUCCUGUCCUCUCUCCGCUCCUCCCUCUCCUCUCUCCUCCUCUCCUCUCUCUACCUUCCUCUUCCCUCCUUCCUCUCUCUCCUCUCCUCUCGUCUCCUCUCUACCUCCCUCUUCCUACCUCUCCUGCUACCUAACGGGCAUCCACCUCUCCUCCCCUACCUCGUCCUCUCCCCGAAAGCUCCGCGCUCCUACCUCUCUCUCGCUACCUGUCCUCCACCUCUCUUUUCCUCACCCUUCUGUCUGUAGUGUCUCCAGUUGAAGAUGACAGGAGGAGGUUUCCCCUGGUCCAGACUCUUCAUGGCUUUACUGGUGUUUGCUGCCGGGUUCAUUACACACGACAUCAGAUCACACGGAUCCUUCACAGGUACUUAAACUCUCACACACACACACACACACAACACGAACACACUUCCUUAGCCUAUGCAUCUGUAAACCUAUCUGACCGUGUGUGUGUGUGCAUAGACUCCACCACAGCGAGGUAUCUCCACAGUUCAGGGGUGAUGGGCGUGUCUCAACAGGCCUGGAGCAAAGUCACCCUCUACUCACAACAGGGCUUCAGGUAACCUCUGACCUCUGACCUCUAACCCAGAGCUGAGAAAUCAUGUUUGCUCAUCAGCAUAUCUCUGAGGACAGAACGCAUUUAUAAAUGUUUUUGACUCCAAAAUUAAUUUGUCAGUCAGUUGUUUAAAAAUAUACGUCCAUUAUCAUUUCUACAUUCUAAUCAGGUUUUAGACAUUCAAGUGUAGACUGAAGUCAUUUUUGUAUCCAAAACAAUAAUCCUGUUUUUCCGUGUGUGUAGCUGGUUGGAGACCAACACUCCCUACUACUAUUCAGAGGGGGUGCGUGUGUUGGGGCCGGCACUGGAGCAGAACUGGGAGAGAACUAAAGAUGCUGCCAUCUACAUCUCACAACUCACAACACAACUCACUGACUGGACCAAUCACAACACACCCCUUCUCAUAGAAUGG